AGCAGUGGGAAGGUCAGAGUCAUCCUGCAGGCAGCUCCUUUUCCUCCCCCCUCCCUCUCUUCCUCUGCAGCAUCAUCAUCCAUUCCCUCUCAUUACCAUCUCAUUUUAAUCCCAUCUGUGUUCAGUUUCAUGCGGAUUUUAUCCUUCUUACUUUGAAAAUCUCUGGAUUAGAGCCAUGUAUUUUCCUGGAAUGUAGCAGAAGAAGGUUUCCUUGAGCUCCAGCAAAAAUGUCAACUAUGGUGUAUCCACUGGAGGAGAAGCUGGAGAAGCUCUCCCAGGAGGAGAUCAUCUCCAACACAAAGCUGGUCAUCCAAGGUCUGGAGGCCCUGAAGAACGAGCACAACUCAAUCCUCCACAGCCUGCUGGAGACCAUCAAGUGCCUAAAGAAGGAUGAAGAGGCCAACCUGGUCCAUGAGAAGUCCAACUUGCUCCGCAAGUCAGUAGAGAUGAUCGAGCUAGGCCUGGGAGAAGCCCAGGUGAUGAUGGCUCUGUCCAAUCACCUGAAUGCGGUGGAGUCUGAGAAGCAGAAGCUGCGCGCUCAGGUGAGGAGGCUUUGCCAGGAGAACCAGUGGCUGCGGGACGAGCUGGCCAACACCCAGCAGAAGCUGCAGAAGAGCGAGCAGAGCGUGGCCCAGCUGGAGGAGGAGAAGAAGCACCUGGAGUUCAUGAACCAGCUCAAAAAGUAUGAUGAAGACGUCUCGCCCACUCAGGAGGAGAAAGACAGAGAAACACCAAAAGACAACUUGGACGACCUUUUCCCUAAUGAUGAAGAGGACCAAGGUCAAGGAAUGCAGCACCAACACAACAGCGCUGCCGUGGCUGCAGCCCAGCAGGGAGGCUAUGAGAUACCAGCCCGCCUGAGAACCCUGCACAACCUGGUGAUCCAGUACGCCUCUCAGGGCAGGUACGAGGUGGCGGUGCCGCUCUGCAAGCAAGCUUUAGAGGACUUGGAGAAAACCUCUGGACAUGACCACCCUGAUGUUGCCACCAUGCUCAACAUCCUGGCUUUGGUCUACAGGGAUCAAAACAAAUACAAAGAGGCUGCCCAUCUGCUCAAUGAUGCACUAUCCAUCCGUGAGAAAACCCUGGGCAAAGACCACCCAGCUGUUGCUGCAACGCUCAACAACUUGGCUGUGUUGUAUGGAAAGAGGGGGAAGUACAAGGAAGCCGAGCCUCUUUGCAAGAGAGCUCUGGAGAUCAGAGAAAAGGUCCUGGGGAAAGAACACCCAGAUGUAGCCAAACAGCUGAAUAAUCUGGCCCUACUGUGCCAGAACCAGGGCAAAUAUGAGGAGGUGGAGUACUACUACUGCCGCGCCCUGGAGAUCUACGAGUGCAGGCUGGGUCCAGAUGAUCCCAAUGUGGCGAAGACCAAGAACAACCUGGCCUCCUGCUUCCUCAAACAGGGGAAAUACAAAGAGGCUGAGAUUCUGUACAAAGAGAUUCUGACCCGAGCUCAUGAGAAAGAGUUUGGAUCGGUUGAUGCUCAGAACAAGCCCAUCUGGAUGCAUGCAGAGGAAAGAGAGGAGAUGAGCAGAGGCAAGCACAGAGACAACACCCCAUAUGGAGAGUAUGGUGGCUGGUACAAGGCCUGCAAAGUCAACAGCCCUACAGUGAAUACUACCCUGAGGAACCUCGGUGCCCUCUACCGCCGUCAGGGCAAACUCGAGGCCGCUGAGACACUGGAGGAGUGCGCUGUGAGGUCUCGCAAGCAGAGCAACACAGGCAUCGAUCCCAUCCACCAAACACGUGUGGUGGAGAUCCUGAAAGAUCCAGAGGGCGAGAGGCGGAGGAGCAGAGAUAGUCUGACCAGCGUUAAGUACGAGAGCGGCUCUGAGACCGGCGAGGAAGUGAGUAUGGGCGUGGAGUGGAACGGGGAUGGCAGUGGAGCUCUGCAGCGCAGCGGUUCUCUGGGGAAGCUCCGAGACGUCUUGCGUCGCAGCAGCGAGAUGCUGGUGAAGAAGCUUCAGGGCAACGGUCCACCUGAACCUCGCAGCACCAACAUGAAGAGAGCCGCUUCGCUUAAUUUCCUGAACAGAACAAGUGACGACUCAUUCCAGAAUCGAGGAGGCGGUAACUUCAGGGAAAGCCGGGGCCUGAGCUCCAGCACCGUGGACCUGUACACUGGAAACUGAGUGGCAUGAGAGGACAAGCCUCGACAUCACUACACGUUUUGAUGGAUGACAGAUAUGUUUCUACGCCGGCUCGGCUCCUGAGCCAUAGCGACGACUGACAACACUACCAUGCAGAACCAGCUCCUUAAACACACAGCUGGCUGCUAAUUGUCCCCCCCCCAAAAAAAAAAUAAAAAAUCCCAGACCUCCACAGUUGAAGUUCUCUGCAUACCUGACAUGUUAUGGUUUUUAAGUGUUUGUUUUCUGCUGACAGACAGCCUUACCCCCCCCAUCCUGUUCCAGUGCCUCAUUAACACGUGUUGGACCCCAUCUCUGCCAAUCAUUCAGAAUCGGCUGCACUUUAAAUUGGUUUGUUGCCAUAAAGUCACUCAUUCUGCUUGAAUUUUUUUCCUCUCAUCUGAUUUUUGUGACUUCCUGUCUCCUUGUGCCAUUUGACGGUUUUAUCCUUUCAAGCAAAUAAAGAAACUGUAGACUUUGUGGUUUGAUAAAGAUUAAUGUGAAAUGACCCCUCCUAAACUGUUAAGUCGUUUUCUUGCCUUCUGAGAUUUAAUUUCCAAUGAUUUGGAAGCCUUGGGGUACAGGUUGAAAGGUUUCUCAAACACCUGAUUUUAAGUUGUGUGAAAGUACCUGCUGCUUUAGCCUAUAUGCUUAUUACCGGUAGUUAAAUAAAUGUUUCUGCUCCGCUGCUAGACUUGAUUCCUCCUCCAGAAAAAUGCAGACUCCUGGAGUUGCUUCCGACUCAAAAAUCUGGAAAACCCUUUUUAGAGUGUGUGUAUAUAAAUAAUAAUAAUAAACAAGGGCUGCUUUAUAUCUCGGGCUGUAUGGCUUUAACAUAUUUGUAUUGCUGUGCAGGAACGUCUUUGUAAGUAAGCACCAGCUACCAGUGAUCAGGAUGGAGACGGCAUGUUUUUGCAAAGCUCUCAGGUGGUGGGUUUUUUCUCACUCAUGGAAUUUUUACUUAAGCUUCUCCUUAAAGCUGGAUUGCCAUAAUUAAGUUUUAUUUUUUUUUAUAAGUCUCCCUUACUUUAAAAUAGUUUUUCCAUGUAUAUUUUGUGAGAAUAAAAAUAUCAGAUCAUAAGAGGACAAAAUCUAAGUGCUGAUCAAGAUCCUUUGGUGGGAAAGAGACUGAAUGUUUUGCAUGUAGAGUGUAAAGUGCAUUAGAUUGGACCAGAUUAAUGAAGAGUCUCAUGUUUAAUCAGUAGCCUGAUGGCAUUUCUCUGAUGUGGAUCCUUCAAUAAAAAAGGUUUUUUU